ACAUUGCACUGCAAAUGAUUGGGAGUAUCUGAGCAUACUAUUUCUUACAUGACUUUAAAGAAAAUGGCUACCUAUCUGACCCCAAAACGACUUGAAGAAACUGUUUCCGUGGUCCUGCUGCAGACGGGAGGUAUGGUCCAUUAAGAAGAGAGUGGAGUCAGGAUCAACACACACUUAGCAUGACUUAGGGAAAGAAAACAUUUUCCCCCUUUGAACCUCUCUGGAUAUAGUCAUUUUGCCUCUACUUCGGGAUCACCUGUUCAGCCUCAAUGGCCUUUCAGGACCUCCUGAGUCAAGCCGGUGACCUGUGGAGAUUCCAGAUCAUUCAGGCUGUUUUUCUCUCAAUCUUCACUAUUGUUACAUAUCCUCAUAUUAUGCUGGAUAACUUCACUGCAUUCACACCUGGUCAUCGCUGCUGGGUCCACAUCCUGGACAAUGAUACUGUCUCUGACAAUGACACCAGGACCCUCAGUCAGGAUGCCCUCUUGAGAAUCUCCAUCCCACUGGACUCAAACAGGAGGCCAGAGAAGUGUCAUCGCUUUGUUCAUACCCAGUGGCAGCUCCUUCACCUGAAUGGGACCUUCCCCAAUGCAAGUGACCCAGACACGGAGCCCUGUGUGGAUGGCUGGGUGUACGACAGAAGCACCUUUUCUUCCACCAUCGUGACUGAGUGGGAUCUGGUAUGUGACUCUCAAUCACUGACUUCAGUAGCUAAAUUUGUAUUCAUGGCUGGAAUGCUGGUGGGAGCCAGCCUAGGUGGUCAUUUAUCAGACAGGUUUGGGAGAAAGUCAGUUCUCAGAUGGUGUUACCUCCAGCUCGCCAUUGUUGGCACUUGUUCAGCCUUGGCUCCCACCUUCCUCAUUUAUUGCUCACUACGCUUCUUGUCUGGGACUGCUACAACGAAUCUCCUUACAAACACUAUUAUGUUAAUAGUCGAGUGGGCAACAUACAGAUUCCAGACCAUGGGAAUUCCAUUGGCAAUGUGUGCUUCUAGUAUUGCAUUUAUGACCCUGGCAGGCCUGGCUUUUGCCAUUCGAGACUGGCACAUCCUCCAGCUGGUGGUGUCUGUACCACACUUUGUGAUCUUUCUGACCUCAAGUUGGCUGAUAGAGUCUGCUCGAUGGCUCAUUCUCAACAACAAACCAGAGGAAAGCUUAAAGGCACUUAGAAAGGCUGCACACAGGAAUGGGAUGAAGAAUGCCAGAGACAUCCUAACCUUGGAGAUUUUGAAAUCCACCAUGAAGGAAGAACUGGAGGCAGCACAAAAAAAACCUUCUCUGUGUGAAUUGCUCCACAUGCCCAACGUAUGUAAAAUUAUCUUCCUCCUGUCCUUCACAAGAUUUGCAAACUUCAUCACCUAUUUUGGCCUUAAUCUCCACAUCCAGUAUCUGGGAAAUGACGUUUUCCUGCUGCAGACUCUCUUUGGUGCAGUCAUCCUCCUGGUCAAUUGUGUUGCACCUUGGGCACUGAAGCACAUGAACCGUCGAGUAAGCCAGAUGCUUCUCAUGUUGCUACUGGCAGUCUGCAUCCUGGCGGUCAUCUUUGUGCCACAAGAAAUGCAGACGGUGCGUGAAGUUUUGGCAACGCUGGGUUUAGGAGCUUCUUCUCUUGUCAAUACCAUUGCUUUUACCCACGGAAAUGAAGUAAUUCCCACAAUAAUCAGGGCAAGAGUGAUGGGAAUCAAUGCAAACUUUGCUAAUAUUGCAGGAGCCUUGGCUCCCCUCGUGAUGAUCCUAAGUGUGUAUUCUUCACCCCUGCCCUGGAUCAUCUAUGGAGCCUUCUCCUUCAUCUCUGGCUUUCUUGUUCUCCUCCUUCCUGAAACCAGGAACAAGCCUCUGAUUGACAUCAUCCAGAAUGUGAAAAAUAGGUGAAAAAGACUUCACAGAACCAGAGCAGGAGGAUCCCAGCAUGGAAAUGAUAUAGUUUCAAGGAAUUCUAGGAGCCGACUGCGGAUCAAUGAGCCAGAUGAAGGGAAUAAUCAGGACUAUUCCUAGUCACUAGCAAAAUCUAGAAAAUAAAUAACAAG